AUGGCAGGAUCAGCAGAUUUGAAGCUUUUGGGCACAAGGCAAAGCAUGUUCUUGCAGAGAGUGGUAUGGGCAUUGAAGCUGAAGGGUAUUGAGUAUGAGUUCAUUGAAGAAGACCUAUUCAACAAGAGUUCAUUGCAUCUCAAGUCAAACCCAGUUCAGAAAACAGUUCCUGUUCUCAUCCAUGGCCAAAAAGCCAUACCCGAAUCCAAAAUCAUCCUGGAAUACAUUGAUGAAACAUGGAAGGAAAGACCCAACUUGCCACAAGAUCCUCUUGAGAGAGCUUAUAUGCGUUUUUGGGCUAAAUUUAUUGAUGAAAAGGCAAUGCUUAUUAGUUGCUUUACUUCCUAACAAGCUUUGGAAGGGAAAUGAUCAACCAU